AUGGCCCGACCACGGCCACCCUCACCACGCCCCGCGCCCAGAGCAAGGGUCGGCCGCCGCGAGCCGCCCCCAGGGGCAAAGGCCGCCGCGCCCAGGAGCAAGGGCCGGUCGCGCGAGCCGCCCCCAGGAGCAAAGGCCGCCGCGAGCCGCCGCGCCCAGGGGCAAGGGCCGGCCGCCGCGAGCCGCCCCGAGGAGCAAAGGCCGCCGCGAGCCGCCGCGCCCAGGGGCAAGGGCCGCCGCGCCCAGGAGCACAGGCUGCCGCGCGCCGCGCCCAGGAGAAGCGGCAGCGCCUUUUCCCCCCAUAAAUACCGGCCGCCCGGCGUUCCUCCACCAUACGGCGCCGAGAACAACAUCCCGCCGCCGACGUCGGGGCUCGCAAACCUUACGUCCCUCUUCGCCGCGCAGGGGCUCUCCCAGAAAGACAUGGUCGCCCUCUCAGGAGCCCACACGAUCGGCCAAGCACGCUGCACAUUCUUCCGGGACCACAUCUACAACGACACAAACAUCGACUCCGGCUUCGCCAGGAGCCGCCAGUCAGACUGCCCUCGCACCGCCGGCUCCGGCGACAACAACCUGGCGCCACUGGACCUGCAGACCCCGACCAUGUUCGAGAACGACUACUACAAGAACCUCGUCCAGAAGAGGGGCAUCCUGCACUCGGACCAGGAGCUCUUCAACGGCGGCGCCACCGACGCGCUGGUCCGGCAGUACGUCGGCAGCCAGAGCGCCUUCUUCAAGGACUUCGUGGUGGGGAUGAUCAAGAUGGGGGACAUCACGCCGCUGACGGGGUCCAGCGGACAGAUCAGGAAGAACUGCAGGAGGAUCAACUAAGAAAAGAUCCUCCACUUUCUGCGCAGACAGUUGUGAAAUCCCUAGAAAUGCAGCACAAUCCGUAGCAAUCCAGGAUGUGUUUGGUCGCGCCCAUGCUUGCAAGCAGCUUGUGGUUUCCUCUCGUUCGACUCUGUUUAUGCAAUUGUGAAAUCAAUGUACGUUGUGCCUGGUGGGUUAAUAAAAGGUCUACCCCGUCUCUAUAGUCAGAAAUUAUU